CCCCUGCACCUGGGUAGCGGGGCCGGGCCGGCUGCCGGCAGUAUGCUGCCUGCCUCGCGAGGUGCCUGCUAGCGGGGGAGCCGGGCGCAGCGGCGCGGGGAGCGGCGCAGCGCGGCGCAGCCUUGGGAGGCUCGGAUCGGCUCGGCUCGGCUCGGCACCGCACCGCACCGGCUCGGCUCGGCUCCGCCGGGGGCAGAGCUAUGCGUCGGCUGCCCGGGGACACGCAGAGACCCCGCCACUGACAGCGGCCGCUCCCUGCACUCCACAUCACGUUUGUCUGCGGCGGCAGCAGCGAGGAGAAGGACCUGGGCAUUAACAACCUCGACUUGGAGACUUUGCUUUAUUUUUGGUUCUUGUCCUUUCCCGUGGAACCAGUAGUCUCUCUCUCGAGCUGAUCCUCCUUUAAAAAAAAAAAAAGAGCGAGAGAGAGAGGAGGGGGGGGGGAAGAGCAGCUGGAGUUUCUCCUCAGCUCGUUUUGACUUUUGUGGACGUGGAUCAUCUGGACUGGGAAGGGAAGCCGCGCUGCGCUGCUCUCCCCUUUCCCACCCCCUCGCCCCUCCAGCAGCCUGGGCUGCCGGCUCUCCCCCGAGCAGGACGGGAACUUUUAUUUGCAGCUCGCAGCCCGUGGCGAAUGGUGGGAAUCUCCGGUCCUUUGCAGUGGCUCUCCUGGCUCUGAGGGGCUCCCGCGGCUGUAACUAACCCAGGCGGACCGGGGCUGCCGCUGUGCCCGGGCAAGAAAAGAUUGAUCUCUGGGCUGGUGAACAUAAUAUCUGUCCCAGUCAGAAAAGGAAAGAGGAAAUUAGCAGAGCGAUUGGUGGAGAAUGAUAUCUGUCAAAAGAAACACUUGGAGAGCACUGAGUUUAGUGAUAGGUGACUGCCGGAAAAAAGGGAACUUUGAAUUUUGUCAAGGCUUCAGCUGUAUGAUCCCCCCCCCAGUCUAAUGUUUCAAAUUGAAAACAAAGGGAAGAUACUUCUAAAGAAGGAAGUUUUAAGUUUUAUUGUACAAGACUAAGACUGCUGUGAUGCUUUAAGAUCGCACUGAGAAGCAUUCCACAAUGCCAGACUCACCUGUGGAUGUGAAGACACAAUCCAGGCUGACGCCUCCAACCAUGCCACCUCCUCCCACUACCCAAGGAGCUCCAAGAACCAGUUCAUUCACGCCCACAACGUUAACCAAUGGCACUAGCCAUUCACCAACAGCGUUAAAUGGAGCUCCAUCUCCUCCUAAUGGCUUUAGCAAUGGGCCAUCCUCUUCCUCUUCCUCUUCUCUGGCUAACCAGCAGUUACCGCCAGCUUGUGGAGCUAGGCAACUCAGCAAACUGAAGAGAUUUCUUACAACCUUACAGCAGUUUGGCAAUGACAUUUCACCAGAGAUUGGGGAGAGAGUGCGUACCCUUGUGCUAGGACUUGUGAAUUCUACUUUGACAAUUGAAGAAUUUCAUUCCAAACUGCAAGAAGCUACUAACUUCCCACUGCGACCUUUUGUCAUCCCAUUUUUAAAGGCCAAUCUGCCCCUGCUGCAGCGGGAGCUGCUGCACUGUGCAAGGCUAGCCAAGCAGAACCCAGCCCAGUACCUCGCCCAGCACGAACAGCUGCUUCUGGAUGCCAGCACCACCUCACCUGUUGACUCCUCAGAGCUGCUUCUCGAUGUGAACGAAAACGGGAAGAGGCGAACUCCAGACAGAACCAAAGAAAACGGCUUUGACAGAGAGCCUUUGCACUCAGAGCAUCCAAGCAAGCGGCCCUGCACUAUUAGCCCAGGCCAGCGGUACAGUCCAAAUAAUGGCUUAUCUUAUCAGCCCAAUGGUCUGCCUCAUCCCACCCCACCUCCACCUCAGCAUUAUCGUUUGGAUGAUAUGGCCAUUGCCCACCACUACAGGGACUCAUACAGACACCCCAACCACAGGGACCUCAGGGACAGAAACAGACCUAUGGGGUUGCAUGGCACACGUCAAGAAGAAAUGAUUGAUCACAGGCUAACAGACAGAGAAUGGGCAGAAGAGUGGAAACACCUUGACCAUCUGUUAAAUUGUAUAAUGGACAUGGUGGAAAAAACUAGGCGAUCUCUCACUGUACUACGGCGAUGUCAAGAAGCAGACCGUGAGGAGCUUAAUUACUGGAUACGGCGGUACAGUGAUGCGGAAGAUUUAAAAAAAGGUGGUAACAGCAGCAGUAGUCAUUCCAGACAGCAGAGUCCAGUGAAUCCAGAUCCAGUUACGUUAGAAUCGCAUCGGGAAUUCCUUCACAGGCCUGCGUCUGGAUACGUGCCAGAGGAGAUCUGGAAGAAAGCUGAGGAAGCUGUCAAUGAAGUAAAGCGUCAGGCGAUGGCCGAGUUGCAGAAGGCAGUGUCGGAGGCGGAGCGGAAAGCUCACGACAUGAUCACUUCAGAGAGAGCUAAGAUGGAGCGCACUGUUGCCGAAGCCAAGCGCCAGGCUGCAGAGGAUGCACUAGCUGUUAUCAAUCAGCAGGAGGAUUCAAGCGAGAGUUGCUGGAACUGUGGCCGAAAAGCUAGUGAAACCUGCAGUGGUUGCAACACAGCACGAUACUGUGGCUCAUUUUGCCAGCAUAAGGACUGGGAGAAGCACCAUCACAUCUGUGGACAGACCCUCCAAGCCCAGCAGCAAGGAGAGACACCAGCAGUGAGCUCCUCUGUGACGCCCAGCAGCGGGGCCGGGAGCCCCAUCGACACUCCACCAGCAGCCACUCCUAGGUCCACCACCCCGGGAACCCCAUCCACCAUAGAGGCGACUCCUCGUUAAAACUGAACUCGAAACUCUGAAAACAAAAACACAACGCAAAAUGAAACCAAUUCCUCAUCCUCAGAUGCGCAAAGAUUUUAACUGAACUGUCGUAUUUCAGUACUUCAAUAAGAAAGAACUUACUGUAUCUUGAGGUGGUAGAAAAUACAGAAGGCCAGUAACGGGUCAUAAUGACUUAUUGUGGAUAACAAAGAUAUCUUUUCUUUAGAAAACUGAAAACAGAGCAGAGAAUAUACACAAAAUGAUAAAUUUGACCUCCUCCCUGUUAUUUUCCAGUAGCUGGGAUUUUAAACUAGAUGACCUCAUUAACAGAUGCUUUACCAAACAGCAAACCAAGAGAUUGCUAAUUGCUGUUGAAAGCAAAAUGCUAAUAUUAAAGUCACAAUGUUCUUUAUAACAAUAAUGGAAAUUAAAAAAAAAAGAGAGAGAGAGAAAAAAAUAACCCUCAAGGGCAUGAGCAUUGGAUACAGCAGUAGACAUUUUAACAAGAAGAUGAAUGGCGUCCGUGGGUUACUGACUGAACUUUGAAGACCCGCAUCAAAACGCGCAGAUGUGCAGCAGAUUGGAAGGAGACACAGAUGUUCAUUUUUUUUUUCCUGUUUCUGAAAGAAAUAAAAUAAUAUCCAGGUCAACAGAAUGAAAAAUGAAAGAUGAUUUGCAGUGGGAUGUAGGACUACAGCAGCAAAGAAAAAAAAAUGCCAUAAUACAAAAGGCUUUUUUUUUUUUUUUCCUUUUAAAUACAGAAAUAAGGGACACAGCCUGCAGUUAAUUAGCAUCCUGGCGGCUUUGACAUCAGCCAGCUGCUCCAACUAAACCUUUCAACAUUUCUUCACUGUUUUUUGCAAGGUUCCACAGAGUAUGACAAUCGGGUCUAUUCCAGCUCAUUCAUUUUUGUAUUGAAAAUUAAUAAUAAUAGUUAAUAAUACGGUGGCUCCAGCUCCAGCCCCUUUCCAAAUUCUUUCCACCCCAUCCCGUUUGGAUUUUUAAUUAAAAAAUAAAAAAAGAAAAAAAAAAGAAAGAAAAAA